AUAGACUCGUUCUACUUGCUCUCUGCUCACCACCAGUUGCCGAAAUGUCGAAGCACCAUCCCGAUCUCAUUAUGUGCCGGCGCCAGCCCGGUAUCGCCAUUGGUCGCCUCUGCGAGAAGUGCGACGGUAAAUGCCCCGUCUGCGACUCAUACGUGAGACCGGAAACACUCGUGCGGAUCUGUGAUGAAUGCAACUUCGGUACCUUUGGCGGACGGUGCAUCAUCUGCGGCUCUCCAGGUAUCUCUGACGCGUACUACUGCGCCGAGUGCACGCGUCUGGAGAAAGAUCGUGACGGCUGCCCAAAGAUCGUCAAUCUGGGUGCCAGUAGGACAGAUCUAUUUUAUGAGCGGCGUAGGCUGGGCUUCAAGAAAGGCUGAACUUUUCCUUCGUGCUUGCAUGUCGCUCUACUCUCUUGUUCCGGUUACGAAUGAUCUCUCAAAAUAUCCGUUUUGUAGCACUUGCGACCGUAUUUCAAACUACAGCUUUUCGCUCGGAACGAGCACUCGGAGUGGAAAGAAUAGGUAUCGAAGCAGUUUGGCUGCACUCAGAGAGCCGGUUAGCUGUGGCAGAUUCGGAGUUGAUAGGCUACCAUCUGCAUCUCCACUUGCACCUUGGUUGCGAUGACCCCAUAUAUCGGCCGAUUGAACCUUGCUCAUCUUCCCUCACUGAGCUUCACGAAACACCUCUGGGUCUGAUUAUGGACGACGAACACACAUGCUUUAUAGAGUGUACGUGCAAGGUCAUGGGCUGCAUAUGCCUUCAAGGGAACGAAUCCUGCUGGUACAAAGCCGCAAUUGAUAGGAUGGGCGGCAGGAAGAUACACAUUGAAGAAAGAAUCGAAAAAUCUCUCGGGGGUGAUUCAGCCAACGGCUCCGAUGAACACGCCUCUGCUUUUGUAUUCUUCAGCCAUCGCCUCCUGUGGAUCAGGAAAACACAGAGCAAAUCCGCGUUCCAUGUGAACGAGUUGGUUGGUGUAUAUUUCAGACUCUGACUAGUAGACAGACGGCUGCACGCGGUCAGUACAAGCAUGGAGCGGGUCUGGUACGUGCUCGCUGCCAUACAUGGCGUGAGCUCGGAGACGACAAGAUGAGAAGGCUAUGCUUCUUCGGGGACUAGGACGUGCUUAUCGAUAAGCCAGUCGCUGAAUUCACAAAUUAGCGUGACUUUGCACCCGUGUAGCACACUUCCUGGUAGUAGAACCCACUCUCUCGUGGAUACUGCGGCCAUCGGUGAGCACGAUUCUACGAUUCAAUGUUCCAUGGAACCAGCAGCCAUGGACGGUCGACAACUUGAUCAUGCGCAGUGCCUGUUUUAGUGGUCAUGUCUCAAAUUGAGUACAUAGAACGGGCACAGCUCGGCACACACAACUUCUGGGCUGGCUGUCAUA